AGAAUGAGAACAAAAUGUUGAAUAAAAUUGUCAGUUUUGUUUAUAUGCGCACAAAAGUGUUCUCGUCGAUCAUAAUAUUAUUAUUGAACGACAGAGUGGUGAUUUAUGAUAAAAUUAUCAUUUUGUGGUGAAGUAUAUCUUUAAUGUUAUCAUUGUGCCAUCGUAUUUUGACCUACAAAGCAGAUCUCUGUGUUGCUAUGGAUUUGGCAAAAAAAUGCAUAAAAAAGUGCGAAAAAAUUCUACGUCUAGUUUAGUGAACUAUUCUUUUACGCUACACUUAAAAGGACGAUAAAAAGACACAUUCGAAAAUGCUUUUAAAACAUGUUUUUACAAUAAUAUUCAACUGGUGCCAAGGUGAUACUGAAUGGAUAGGUAAAGUCAAUUGUUCUCAUGGUAACACGACAUUAACUUUAAACAACAUGCACUGAGUUUGCGCUGACAUUCAUACACUUUUUUAGGUGUGCCACAUAUACUAGAGUGUCGAAAUUCUAACCACUGUAUGUAAACUGAUUUAAUGGCACCUAAAGGACUUCAGUUCUUUCCCCCCAUAUCCUGUUCUAUUGAAGAACUGGAAGUCUUUUCUUGUGUGGGAUAAAGGAUAAACCCAAGUAACAGUGCAGGCGUUGGGAAGAGGAGCCUUUUUGUUUGAAAAAGAAUAGGGGGAGGGGUGUGUGCUACACACCUGAGCCUUUCCUCAGGCCUGAAUGCACCUGCUUUUUACUUGUCUACAAUCUCCCAUUCUUUACUCAUGGGAACCAAUCAGAUCCAACACUUAGACAUAGCAAUGAUAGGACUUUCGUUUUUUUUUAGCUAGCAAUAAUUCUGAAAAUAAUUGAAAACUCCCAAGAAACUUAUACAGACACCUUGGAGUCUGUCUUCCGUGCUGAUUUCUUUGUUGUUCUUUGUUUGUUUGGAAAGUUUGGGUUUAGAAGUGACUUAAAAGUAAUCAGAGAUGUCUUACAGUAAUUAGUCUUCUUUGUGGCGGUGGCAAGAGCUGUGAAUAGCGAUGGGGGAGUUGUGUAUGUGGGGAUGCCUGAACCUCCUUUUGUGAUACGCCUCGGUCUGCCCUGCACUUGCUGCGGAAAGGGAGGGAAAAACGAGAGGGUGCACAAGGGGCUGGAGGCAGCUGUCACUUAACAUGUGAAUGUUCGGGAGCAGCCUGGGGUCUUUAGAAAGCUUUUUUAUCCUCCUCUUUUUCAUUAGAAGCAGAGUUUGUGAGCCAAAAGAGGAGCUGGGGGAGGGGCUAACACUAGGACGGGGUGCUUCCCUGUCUAAAUGUCUGAUACAAGAGAAACACAGGAGUUGGUACACCAGGCUGACGACUUAUGGACCUACCUUAACUCCACCAAAACCACCGGAUAGGAAUAUAUAGUCUCUCUGACCUGGAAAUGCGGACUUCUGAAACUGUUGGACUUCUGUGUCAGCUUCAUCUCCCAUCAGUUGCCUCACUGAGGAAUUCCUCUAUCCGAGAGUGGACAACAAAGGCAAUAGAGAGAGAAAGAAUACCGCUUAUGGGAGGGGGCAGCCGGAGGGAGAGCGGGACAUUGUUUGCUUGUGACUGCGGGCGACGGAAAAGCAUGGGUCAUCUUGCCUAAAGUGUGUGUGUGUUGAAAACGGGAUUUGUGAGCAAGCGAGGUCCUGGUUGAGCAAGUAAAUGUGAAGGUUUGUGUAUGUUUGUGUACGUAUUUCCCGCUGGAAAAGAAGGCCCCUUAAAGGAUGCUGAGGCAAGACAGUUUUUUUGUUCUCCUGUUUGAAUGAUGACAGAGGAACUAGUGGAAUUGUUCGGUUAGCUGUUCGUCACAGGGGCAGCUCAAGUGACUCCUCUAUGUAUGGCAAAGGAACCAUCUUUAACCUCAUACCCGAUUAACCCAUUCGUGGAAGAAUCAUGGGUAACCUCAUUAGCAGACCUAGUUGUUUGGGUCAAAAGUCCAAACACGUUAAGUCAGAUGAGAACACCUUAAAAGAACGCUACCAGCAACCCACCGAAUGGAAGCUCCCAGAAGCUCCUAAAGAAAAGGUGAGGAAAGAAGAAGUGGAGGAGGUUCUUCGACAAACUCCGACACCAGACAAGCAGAGGAGUUCCCCAGCCCCUACUGUCACCACUACGAGCACUUUGGACAAUGCCUGGCGAAGCACACCAUCUCCGGUUAAAACACCACGAAAUGGGUCUUUGCCCAGAAGAUCUAAUGUUCCGGAGUAUCGAAGAUCCCCCUUGAGUCAGUAUGGGUCGGUGGAUAGGAGAGCCAGUCUACAGAGAAGGGAUUCUGGAAGUCCCUGGUCCUGGAAGCCUUUGAGCACUCGAGAGGUUACCGAAGUCACAGAGGUGACUGAAACUAUUGUAACAGAGAUUGUGGAGGUGACGGAGUACCCUCCUGGGGGUAAGGGAGGUGAUCCUAUCAUCACCAGAACUGUUAGAGUCCUUACUGGAGCCGCUGAGGAACUUGCUGAGCUGCAGUCAAGUUCAGACCAGGAAUCAAGCCUAGUUCAAUGGAAGGGUGCCAAAAGUGCAUUGGCUCUGGAAGAAGAAUUUAGGGAUCCACUGACCUUCCAGCAAAAUCUGGAAGCACUGAUGACAUGGGUUUGUGAGAUCGAAGAGCUGACAGCCAAUCAAAAACCACCGUCAUCAGAGUUCAAAGUGGUGAAAGCCCAACUGCAAGAACAAAAACUCUUACAGCGCCUCUUAGAGGACAGGAGACCCAGUAUGGAGACAAUGAUGCAGGAGGGUCCACGCCUGGCUACAGAGCUACAAGGAGAUGACAGUGAAAAGGCCAAACUACAGCUUGCACAGCUCAAACUCAAGUGGGAGGCUCUCGUUCAGGCUGCCAACAGCAGAUACAAGAUUUUGGAGGUCAUUCUGCCAAGAGCUCAAAUAUUCCAGGAGAGAAUAGACGGUCUUCAACAGUGGCUCAUAUCUGUGGAUCAAGACUUGGCUGAACUUCGCUCUGCAGAAAGAGGAAUGCUUCAUCUACAGGAAGCCACAGACCAAGCCAAGGCAGUCAUGGAAGAGAUUAAAGUUAAGAGUGUUGAUUUGGGCAAACUCCAGCAAUAUGCUCAUGAGCUCAUGGAAGCAAUCUCAGAGGAGGAAACCCAGCUGGUGCAGGAGCGUGUAGACAGUCUGCGUAUCCGAUACUCUGUGCUGAGUUUGGGCAGUGCUGAUGUUCUACAGAGGCUGGAGCAAGCUAUGGAAGCAUCAAGUCGAUGCACCUCCAGCCAGGAGGACCUGCACCUGUGGCUGGGUCGCAUUGAGAGAGAACUGCUGGCCACUGGUACCCAAGCACAGACUGGGGACGCUGUACUAUGUCAUGCCGAGAGGCAGAGGUUGGAUCAGGCUGUAGAAAAAGAAUCGGCUUGGUUUAAAGAAACCUCACAGGUGCUGGAGGAGUUUAGAGCCAUUCAUCUAACCCCAGAGAUCAUCACAGCCCAGUUAAAUGAGCAGAAAAUACUUGCUGUUGAAAUUCUGCAGCACAAGUUUAACAUCGAGAAAAUGGUGAAGAUUUUAGAACUCCUGCAGACAUACAGUGAGGAGGAGGAGGAGACAUCAAGAGUGCAGUCAUGUCUAGACACCUUACAGGACCAGUGUCAGGUCACUACAGCCACCAAUUCCCAUGUGGUGCUUCGACUGGAGCAUGCUCAGUCACUCUUGUCUCAGUUCUCAGAGGGUUAUACUGAGGUGUUACCAUGGUUACAGGAAACCAAAGUUCUUAUUGGCCAGUUCACCCUGAACACAAUUAGCUACGAGGCUUUUCGAGAACAGCAGGACCUCUUACAGGGCAUCAGGGAGUCCAUAGCAGAGCAUAAGCCACUGAUAGCACGCCUGAGCAUGCUGGCCAAGCGUCUAUCAGACCUAAAUCCAGCUCAGGGACAGGAGUUCUGCCAGAAAGCCAUGGAUCUCGAAGAGCAGCACCUGGCUAUCAGAGACAAGGUCCGAGAGGCUGCGGGAGUACUGGAAGAGUCUCUACCCCGCUACACACAGCUGAAUGAGAGAAUGACACUGAUCAGAGAGAGACUGGAACGUCUGUGCAGUCACCUGCAGGCCUCAGUAGCUCUACAGGGCUUGACCCCAAGAAUUCAGGAGCAGCUACAGGACAACAAGCACACACUGACUGAGCUCUCCAAACUGGAUCUGGACCUUAGCAGUGUGAGGACACAGGCUCAUGAGCUACUCACUAACACGCAAGCUGUUGGGGACAGUUCCAUUGGUACAGACAUUCAAGAGCGAAUGUGCAGUCUAACAGGCCACUGGGAGGAGGCGCAAAGAAAAGCUCAGGAGAGAGAAAAGUGGCUUCUCAACGUUCUAGAUUUGGCAGUCAGAUUUUGGAAUGAUGUCAGUGACAUGACAGCAGGACUGAAUGAUGCACAGCAGGCUGUCCUGGACCUCAACUCAAGUCGAUCAGAUUCGGAAACCAUCCGACAGAGCCUGGAGACCAUGCAGACACUCAGGGAGGACAUUGAUGUACUACAGGGUGAUCUGGACACUCUAGGAAUUCUGGGAAUGGAACUUAUGUCAGCUUGUGGUGAGACAGACAAACCAGAGGUCACCAAAACUUUAGAUGAGCUUUACUGCACUUGGAACAAUCUCAGUAAGAUCUGGACAGAGUGCAACAUUAAGUUAGAGGAAUGUCUACGAAUGGCUCUCCAAUAUCAGGACAACAUGCAGGGUCUCUUUGAAUGGCUGAAGUCUGCAGAGAUGAAAUCUACUAAGGAGUUCUCAGUUAGCUCUGACCUGGGAUCAGUCAAAGAGCAGCUAUGUGACCUGAAGGAAUUUAAGCGAGAGCUCUACCAGAAGAAGAUUGAAAUCGAGAGUCUAAAUCAUCGCUUUGUGUGUCGUCUUUCACCGGGCACUGAGCGUCCUGGAUCCGUCUCUCCACUGUGUGACUUUCGUCAGAGAUGGGACAGCCUGGAGUCAGAGACCGUCAGCAGACAGCACCAACUGGAGUGUGCGCUGCUGGGUUUGGGUCAGUUCCAAAACACCCUGGAUGAGUUGCAUGCCUGGAUUUCUCACACGGCUGAACUACUACAGGCCGCUCAGCCAAUCAGCAUUGACCUGCAGACCUGUGAGAUAGAGCUUGCCAAACACAAGGUUCUGAGGAACGAUGUGAUGUCACACGUGCACACGGUGGACUCGCUGAACCAGGCCGGCCGGAGCCUGCUGGAGUCUGGUGCAGGAGACAGCUCACAUGUCCUGCAGACUCGUCUGGAACAGCUGAAUGAACGCUGGGAAUUUGUGCGCUGUGAAACAGAGCGCAGACAGCUAGAGCUGGAAAAUAACCUCAGUCAGGUUCAAGAUGUAACCAUGGAGAUUCAAGAUCUCAUGCAGUGGCUGGAACACACAGACCUGAGACUGUCGUCCAGUAAGACUGUAUGGGGCAUGCCAGACUCUGCCAAUGAGAGACUCAACACUCAUUUGGAUUUAUGUAAUGAGAUGGACUCUAAAAUGCACGCCUACACAAAUGUACGCAACGCCAUCCACAGGAUGCUGGAGGGUACUGAUGUGGCUCGGGGAUCAAACACUGAACACAGUUUAUGCAUACUGGAGCAGAAAUGGAGCUCUGUCUAUGCUAAAAUGCAAGAACGAAAGGCAAAGUUGACAGAGGGACUUGGUCUUGCAAAGGAAUUUAACAGUAAUGUCCAAGACCUUCUGACCAAAAUGUCCAAGUGUGAAGAUACCAUAAACACUCUGCCUGCACCCAGCUUCAUCCUGGACACCAUCUGUUCACAAAUCCAGGAACACAAGAUGCUGGUGAGUGAGGUCCAAUCUUAUGGAGAAAGGAAAACAAAUGUGGAAAAUGCUGCUAUACGGCUGUCAGAACUCAGCAGGAAGGAAGAUUGUGAUGUAGUGCAGAACCUCAUUAUGACUGUUCGAGACAGAUACAGGAAACUCCUUCAACACACAACAGAGAAGGGUAAAACUCUAGAGGACGUCAAACGACAUGCCAAGCAGUUCAAUGAAUCGUGGCAUCUACUGAUGGACUGGAUGACAGAGGUAGAACAGACAUUGGAUACGCAUAAAGAGAUUGCUGCCACACAGGAAGAGAUCAAACAACAGCUUGGUGAACUAAAGGAUUUCCAAAAGCUUCUCCGCACAAAAAGGCCAAUGUAUGAGGCCUGCCUGAAGAGUGGCCGCUCUCUCCUGGAGAAAGCUCAGAGCCCUGAAGACACACAGCACCUGGAGAACAUGGUAUCUGAACUCAGAGACUCGUGGGACACCAUCAAUGGCAAAUCCAGCGAGAGGCAACACAAACUGGAAGAAGCACUGCUGUUUUCAGGAAGAUUCACAGAUGCCCUACAGGCCCUUAAUGAUUGGCUGUACAGGGCAGAGCCACAGCUAGCUGAAGAUGUUCCUGUGUGUGGGGAAAAAGACCUGGUCAACAAUUUGAUUGACAAGCACAAGGUAUUUCAGCGUGAGCUCGGGAAGCGUGCCAGCUGUAUCCGUACACUGAAGCGGUCGGUCAGGGAUCUGACACGGAGCAGCUCAGCUGAUGCCCACUGGUUGCAAGAGCAGAUGGAGGAGCUGGAAAGCCGCUGGGAGGCUGUGUGUAAACUCUCUGUGUCCAGACAGGCUCGGCUAGAGGCAGCACUUCAACAGGCGGAGGAAUUUGACGGAAUGGUUCACUCUUUCCUGGAUCAUCUUGCAGAAGUUGAGAGAGUUCUGAAGUACGGAGUAAUACCUGAGGAGGAGGAGGCUCUUCUGACGUUUCGUACACAUCAUCAAGAGUCGAUGAGUUCCUUGAACGCUCAGCAGACGGCGCUGGAGAACAUUCGCAAAAUGGGCGAAGAGAUUUUGUCCAUCUGUCACCCUGACUCUGUCAUCACCAUCAAAUCAUGGAUCAGUAUCACCAAGACUCGCUACGAAGAGGUGCAGACCUGGGCGAAGCAGCAGGCCGAGAGGAUCCAGAGCAUGCUGUCUGCUUUAGAGACAGAGAGAGAUGAGGUACAGCGAUUAUUGGACUGGAUCUCCUCUGCUGCAGAGUCUCUCAAUGUGAAAGAACAGGAACCACUGCCUGAAGACUUAGAGUUGACUGCAGAGCUCAUUACUCAACACACGGACUUUAUGGAUGAGAUGAAAGGGAAGCUUCCAGAAGUUGAAAAUGCCACAAAAUCCUGUAAACACAAGCGUGUCCCUAAGCAACUGCUUUCACCCAGUCGCAAGACACCAACAAAAAGGAGAGGUACAUCAAAGCCCCGACCAUCAGUGCCUAUCCCUCUGGAGAACUUGGACCCUCAAACCCCUCUAAUGUGUCAGCUGGUCAGUCACUGGCAAAAACUCUGGCUUGUGGCCCACAGCAGACAGAGCAAGCUAGAGGAACAUCUGCAGAGGCUCAAAGAGCUGGAAGAAUUUGCUAACUUUGAUUUCAACAUCUGGAGGAAAAGGUACAUGCAGUGGAUAAGUCACCUCAAGUCUCGGAUUUUGGAUGUUUUUCGUAGCAUUGAUCGAGAUCAGGAUGGCCGAAUAACCCACAAAGAGUUCAUCGACAACGUUCUGGCCUCUAAAUUUCCCACCAACUCAUUAGAAAUGACUGCUGUUGCUAACAUAUUUGACGUUAAUGGGGAUGGCUUCAUUGACUACUAUGAAUUUGUAAGUGCUCUCCAUCCAAGCCGAGACCCUUACAGAAGGACAAUAGAUGCAGACCAAAUCAAUGAGGAGGUGAGUCGGCAGGUAUCUCAGUGCAACUGUCCAAAAAGAUUUCAAGUAGAGCAGAUUAGCGCAAACCGCUACAGGUUCGGAGACUCUCAGCAGUUGCGAAUGGUUCGAAUUCUCAGAAGCACUUUGAUGGUACGAGUUGGUGGUGGUUGGACGGCGUUAGACGAGUUUCUUGUGAAGAAUGAUCCCUGUAGAGUGAAAGGACGCACCAACCUGAAGAUAAAGGAGAAAUAUUUCUCUCCAGAUGUUUUUGCGGCAUCGGGUCGCAGAGGGAGUGCUAAAGGGCUCACAGUCAGCAGAUCCAACUCCAGCUUGAGUUUAUACAGCAGUGCAUCAGCUCCCAGCAGCCCACUCACGCGCAAGGCAUUGCUGCGCAGAAGCUUCUCUGGUGAGAGAUGUAUACGUCCCAGGAGCUCUAUUGCAGCAUUGGGAACAGAGCAUUUCUGUGCAGUAGGGGACGACGAUUCGCCUUCACCUUCAGAAGAGUCUGAGAGGCUGCCCACAUGACCACAUCCUGUCUUUCACAACCAUACUAGAGUUCCUUACUGGACUGAAAUAGAAGAUCGACAGGACUGCCAAUCCAGCAGACCUCAGAUCAGUGGCCACAUGUUGGACUUUCAUUAAGACAGAUCUUUUGAUGCUGAUAAGUGGUUGGACUUUAUACUCUACAAGUGAGCGCCACUUCCCCAGUGCCCUGAAGUGUCUGAAGCAGGAAAUUUAUGUGAGCUUUGUUUACUAUCACAACUUUACACUGCUUUGUAAGCUCCACAGACUUUGUUUCAACAAAAAGGACUUGAUAUUGUAUUUUGUAUAUAAGAAGAGAACCACUGGAAUGUUUUGCAUGGGUUAAACAGCACGAAGCCCGUAGUCUCCCAUGUACUUUAGUUCAUCUAGUGCUAUAAUCAAGAUGUAUGCACAGAAGUCUUUAUUCUCCUGAGUUGUCAGUUGUAAGGGUGAAUGUUUUGUUUGAUCCUCACAAUGCAGAGUAAAGCCACUGCCUUUUUAUUGAUAUAACAUAAAAUGAAGAAUAUCUAAUUCCAUGUCGGCCUGCAAAUAUAUGUGUUUAUAAACGUCAAGGUUUUGGCUUUAUGAUAAGCACUGGUUUUGGGUCCAUGUUAUUGUUCUUUGUAAAUGUGGCUGAUAUAUGCUCAGGUUUGAUGUGCAAGACUUUUUCAGAGUAUAAAGCUAAUGGCCCUCAUUAAUCAGUUUUGGAGUUUCCUGGCUUGUUGUCAAUGUAUGUUAGCCAAACGUAAACUAGUGUACUUCUAAAAGUUGAUCUGCAGCCCUUUCUUAUUCUGGGAAAACAGGGUGCAUCCAAUUUUCUGUUUAAUAAAAUGUUCCUUAGAUGAAUAAUAAUAAUAAUAAUGUCUCUACCCCAAAUACCACUUGACUAUGGCUAGCAAUAGCAGCUCCAUUGUGAGCUCUGACUGUUUAAAAAUGUUGGCAAAAAGAUAGACCAGGGUAUGUUUUUCUGUCUCCGUUCUAGUUAUAUUCAUGUAUAUUAGUGUCAUUUCCAGUUUAUAUGCAUGUUAAUGCUAUUUUCUGUUUAUGCGUUUUCCUUGAGUACUCAUUUGAUUUUGAACAGUCAUAUCACCAGUUCCUUUGAGGAUAUUAAAGUGUAGGUCUCAAUGAGAUUAGCUCGAAGUAAUACCCCAUCACAAAAAAACUACUUUAUCAUUGCCAGUAAACCAAAUGUGUUCACACUGAAAUCAUCUUCCUUUUUAUCAUGUCCUCCUCAGGACAGAGUCUGCUGUAUUCAUUUUCCCCCCACUUUAUUCGUCUUAUAGGUUGAAUACAUGUCUCAUUGUUCAAGUGUUAUGGCUGUAGCAUUUGAUUAAGAUUACAUAUCAAAUAUGUGUGUCGUUUGCUUUUAUGCAUAUGCAGUUUGGUUCUCUUAAUUUUGGAGAGUUGAAAUGGAUUUUGAGGGUUUGAGGUUACAGCAUUUCCAUCAGUAGCAGCAGGUACACCUCAGGUGUUGUCCUAUCUGAGAUUUAUGUGUAUAUUAAAGGAAUAUUUCAACCCAAAA